GUUCGCUAUUCAAAGUAGCUUCUCUUCCAGACAAAACGCUCGAGGGCUCGAUAGCAAACUAGCCAAUGCUCUGCUGAACUGAUUGAUACUCGGAAGGUCAUAAGGUUCCUGCAUGUGUCAUUUUGCCGCGACAUGCUAUAUUGUGGCCGCCAGCCCCUGCACUGCAGCUACAGAAUAUUACAACUGUGACUAUAAUAAUCCACUAGUAGUAAAAUAUAUGGAUUGGCACCCUUGUCGUUUAAUCUUUGUAGAUCUGAUCUUGCAAUCUACUCUGGUAGACUCACUUGAUCGAGAUUGUGAAGACCCUGUCAAAGACGAAGAAGAUCGAGAUCGUGAAGAAAUAGCUCUGUCACGUGAUCUUUUUAGUCUAUCUGAAACUCAGUCGUCUCCGUAAAUUGUGAAGAAAUGGGAGGGCAAUGCAUGGAUGUGAUUGGCUGUCAAUUAAGCUGCUGUCACCGGGUCACUGGGGUCAUGGGCUCUACCGUCAGUGCUGACCUCACGUGUAUCGGCUCCAUGCAAACAAAUUCAACCAUUGACCCGUUAUAAUCAGCUUCGCCUUCAACCACGCUCACAGAUUCCAUCUUAAGCCCAGCUGUUCAAGAUCAGUACUAGCACUCUAGCAGUAGAACUUAACACUGCAUCACACGCUCCAUCUCGUCGAAACUUGCCAUGUCUCCGUCCAUGGCCGCCGUCAACGCAGAGCUCCAGCAGCAGCACGGCGGCAGCCCUCCGCACUUCCUCGUCGUGGCCUACGGCAUCCAGAGCCACAUCAACCCGUGCCGCCUCCUCGCGCACCGCCUCGCCUGUCUCGGCAUCGUCUCCGGCUCCGGCCCCGUCCUCGCCACGCUCGCCGUCCCGCUCUCCGCCCACCGCCGCAUGUUCCCUAACCACCCGUCCGGCAACACCGCCGACUCAGACUCAGACGGCGUCAUCUCCUACGCUCCGUACUCCGACGGGCUUGACGACGGCAGCCCGAUGCCUCGGGACGCCGAGGGGAAAGCCCGCGUCCGCCGCGCGAGCUUCGAGGGCCUGUCCUCCGUCGUGGCCAGCCUAGCCGCCCUCGGCCGGCCCGUGACGUGCGUGGUCGUCAGCAUGGUGCACCCGGCCGCGCUGGACGUGGCCCGGGCCACGGCGCUCCCGCUCGCCGUGUUCUGGAUCCAGCCGGCCACCGUCCUCGCCGCGUACUACCACUUCUUCCACGACGACGGCGGCCAUUACAAGGAGCUCGUCACGUCCCACGCCGCUGACCCGGACUUCGAGGUGAGCAUCCCGGGGCUCUCGCUCCGGCGCCGGCCGCUCCGGAUCCGCGACUUCCCGACCUUCCUCGUGGACACGACCGGCAGCGACAUCGCCAGCUCCGUCAACGAGGCGCUCCGUGAGCUCUUCGAGUUCAUGGACCAACAGGGGAAGAACAACGCCAAGGUCCUCGUGAACACCAUGGAAGAGCUCGAACCAUCGGCCGUGGCGGCCAUGGCGGAGCACCUGGAUUUGUUCCCCGUCGGGCCCGUGGUCGCGUCAGGCUCCUCCAACAACAACGCGUCCCGGAACAUCCACCUGUUCGACCACGACAACAAAGCCCAGUACAUAUCAUGGCUGGACGCGCAGCCGGCGAGCUCAGUCAUCUACGUCUCCUUCGGGAGCAUCUGGACGUACAGCAAGCCCCAAAUGGAGGAGAUCGCGGCCGGGCUGAAGCAAUGCAACCGGCCGUUUCUCCUCGUGGUUCGCAAAGACGGGCGGCAGGACCAGGACGUGAGCAGCUGCCUGGACGAACUCUGCGCUCAGGAGCUGGGGAUUGUGGUGGCGUGGUGCGACCAGGCGGCGGUGCUGGCGCACCCCGCCGUUGGGUGCUUCGUGACGCACUGCGGCUGGAACUCGACGCUGGAGGCGGCGGCGCACGGGGUGCCGGUGGUGGCGGCACCCGGGAUGUUCGACCAGCCGACCAACGCGUUCCUGGCCGAGCAGGAGUGGGGCGCCGGCGUCCGGGUGGAGAAGGAGAAGGAAGACGAAGGCGGCGUGUUCGCCGGGGCGGAGCUCGCGAGGUGCGUUCAGGUGGUCAUGGGGGACGGCGGGAGGGGAAUGGAGAUUAGGGGGAGAGCGCAGGCGUUGAAGGAGAUUGCAAGGAAGGCCGCAGCUGAUGGCGGGCCGGCGGAGAAGAGCCUCCGGAACUUCGUCAUGGCGGUCGUCGGCCAAGGUUCUUCUUCGGAUAACAGUAACACGUCCAAACUUGUCGAAGCCGAUGUGGUUGAAAAGUUGAAAGGUUUAGAGGUGUCGACCGGUUCGUCUAAUGGAAAUGUAACUAGUGAGGUUGUUUAAUUACUCGUCUGAUGGGAAUGUAACUAGUGAGGUUGUUUAAUUACUCGUCUGAUGGAAAUGUAACUAGUGAGGUUGUUUAAUUACUUAUCAGCGGGAUGAAUAAAAAGAGGCUCAAAUGACUGGAUACGAA